AUGGCCCAAUACUACUCACAACAACAAGGUUACGCUCCCCAAGGCUCCGCACCGCAGAAUCUCCAGUUCUUCCCUUCGUCCUACUCCUCGUUUUCCGGUCAUACAACCCCCUCACAAGCAUCCUAUGGCACCGGGUUUGGCGGGGCUCCCAAUCCUUCUGCGCAGGCUUACCCUGCCGGUGGUGGAUAUGGGGGCUUUGGAUCUCCGGCCGCUGGCGUUAGUGGGCGGAUGGGUGAACAGGGCGGAUUGAGGACGGGUUGGCUGGCUGCAUUUGGGACGGAGGGAUAUGAUGGCGAACCGCCGUUGCUUGAGGAGCUAGGUGUGAACUUUGAACAUAUUCGAACCAAGACUUUGACUGUUCUAAAUCCUUUUGCCUCCAUCGACAACCACCUUAUGGACGACAGCGAUCUCUACGGGGCUCUACUCUACAUCGUAUUGUACGGGACGUUCCUCCUCCUCUCGGGCAAGGUUUUCUAUGGCUAUAUCUACGGUGUCGCUGUCUUUGGUACCGUCGCUCUGCAUCUGAUUCUCAGUCUCAUGUCUCCAGCUCUUGACACCGUCCCGACCCCGAACACCGCUGACCCUACCAACUACAAUCCCCAUCAUAAACCUUCCAUGUCCGGUGCCUCAGCCGCGGGCCAUUUCUCUGCUACUUUGACCUUUCCACGCUCCGCCAGUGUGCUGGGUUAUUGCUUCCUUCCUUUGGUUCUCACCAGUCUCAUUGGUAUCCUCAUUCCCAUGGACACUAUGUUCGGCUAUCUCUUGACCAUUGCCGCUGUAGGUUGGUGCACCUACAGUUCAUCCGGAAUGUUCUGUGCUGUGGCACGCAUGAGUGGCAUGAGAGGUCUAGUCGCGUAUCCGUUGGCUCUCUUCUAUGUUGUUUUUGGGAUCAUGGGUAUUUUCUCUUCGCGCGGCACCGGCUCGCUAGCUGCGAAAACGGGCGCGGCUUGA